AGAGUCGGCUCGCAGGCAGACAGACGCAGCUGAAUACCAACCGGGCUGGCCGCUGUCCUUGCAGAACGGGGAGACAUCAGGGACCUUGCAAUGAUCUCGCUGGACUUCAGCUUUAACAUUCUGACAAAGGACCUGUCACAUUAUUUGGAAAACCAAGUGAAAGUUGGACUAUUUGGUUCUGGAGUAGGCUUGUCUUUGGUGCUGGGGUUCAGCGCAGCGUACACCUGCUACUAUUUAAUUUCAGUAGCGAAGAAACCCCAACUCAUCUCUGGGGGUAAUAAGUUCUGCCAGUUUCUAAGGGAGCAAUGUCCGGUAGUGACAGAAACCUACUACCCCACCUUUUGGUGCUGGGAGAGUCGUAUCCAAACGCUGCUAAGACCUUUUGUAACAGCCAAACCUGGAGUCGUGUACCGAAAUGAGCUUAUUAAGGCAGCAGAUGGAGGACAGAUAUCUGUGGAUUGGUUUGACAACGACGACAGCCUCUCUCAUCCUGACCCCACCACCAGACCCACUGUGCUCCUUCUCCCAGGUCUGACUGGCACCAGCCGGGAGUCCUACAUCUUGCACAUGGUCCAACAGAGCUGCGAUCUGGGCUAUAGAUGUGUGGUAUUCAACAACAGAGGGGUUUCUGGUGAAACACUACUGACCCCGAGGACGUACUGUGCUGCCAACACUGAAGAUCUGGAGACUGUCAUCGCACACAUCCAGAGAACCUAUGAAGCUGCUCCAAUCAUGGCUGCUGGCGUGUCCAUGGGAGGGAUGAUGCUGGCUAACUACUUGGGGCGUAAGGGCCGAGAAACCUGUCUGAGAGGGGUGGUAGUCUUCUCAGCAGGCUGGGAUGUAUUUGAGUGCACUGCGUCACUGGAAAAACCCCUGGACCGUUUCCUCUUCAACUCCUACCUCACCAGCUGCCUACAAGCCUCUGUGCACAGACACAGACCGAUACUUGAAAAGUGUUACGACAUCGAUCAUGUCAUGAAGGCUCGGACCAUCCGACAGUUUGAUGAGAGGUUCACCUCCAUCAUGUUCGGUUAUCCUACUAAUGAUGAUUACUACCGUGAUGCCAGUCCAAUCCACAAGCUGAAAUCUGUACAGGUGCCAAUGCUGUGUCUGAACGCUGCCGAUGAUGUCUUUUCUCCAUCUCACGCCAUUCCGGUGGAGGCAGUAAAGCAGAACCCUAACCUGGCCUUACUCAUUACCUGUCACGGCGGCCAUAUUGGCUUCCUGGAGGGUUUGUGGCCACGACAAAGCACUUACAUGGACCGAGUCUUCAAGCAGUUUGCGAAGGCGGUCAUCGAAAAAGGGAACCAACUCAAAGACCUCUCCUGAUAAGAGAACUGAAGUGUUCCUCUCCUUUAAUGUCUUUACUUCCUUUUUCUUUCUCCUUUCUUUUUUCCUUCUUUUUUAUCCUCUCGCCUCCAUGUUCAUUCUUUCUCCCUACCUUCCUGUAAUUGUCCCUUGUUUUUAACAGUUUAACCCCCUUUCAUCAUUCCUAACCGUCAUUCCAAUCCUCAGCACUUCAACCUCAAAAGCUAUUCACUAUUCUUCCCUUUUUCAAUCUUUGUCCUGCAUCGUUCCGUCUCAUUCUUCCAUCUGCCACAAGCAAAAAAGAAAAAACCUCUUUUCCUUAUUUGAAGGGCACAUUAUUGAAUGUAGCAUUUGUGUUGCUUUCAACUUUGAGUUAUUCCUUACAUUUUAUUGCAUCUGUAAUCAUGUGCUCAGUGACAAUGCGGCCGCUUUCGUCACCGAUAAUCAGCAGAAUCCAUAUCAUUUCAUUUAGUUUGCUUUAACUUGCUAAAGAUCACCCGGUGCAAUCGUUUUCUGGCGAAGUCAUCCGAAGUACUGUACAUGAAAAUCCAAUCAUCCUUGUUUCUGAAACAUCCUGUUGUAUCCAGCACCUUUAUCAGUAGGAUUUUAGCCCUCAGGGAUUUUCUUUAUUUACUCAUCAGUCCUUCCUUCCCGUGUAGUUCUGUUUCGUUGGCUGUUCUCUUUGAGUUUUUGAGUCUGUCAAAGCUACAUGUUUUUAAUUUUUUCCGUUGACACGUACUGUUAUCUUUAGUUUAAGUAUUAACUUGAUGUGUGAUUUACACGUGUGUGCUUUCUUUCUGACUUGAGAAGGCUGAUCCCCCCCAGCUGUUGAAUGUGGAGCUGCUGUCAGGAGAUGCUUAGCAUACGUAGCACAGCAGGAAGACUGGAGACAAGGAGAAGCAAGUGAUCUACCUACCAGCACGUUAUAUCUCGGUGUUUCUUGUUUGUUUGUUUUUUUAAAUGAAGAGUAAGAACAAAAGGUUGUGACAGUGAACGGGCUGUUUCUCAGUCCUCUAGAAUGAAUUUGAACCUGAAUUCAGAUCUCCUCCUGGAGCCUGCUGUUACAACAUUACAUUACCUCUCUCUUUCAUUCUGCCUUUAGAAUCAUUAGCAAUAUCCUUAAGCAUGCACAACGACAGUAUUGGGCAUAUUGACUUAAAACAGUCAUCCGAGUCUUCAUACCAACUUUCUGACUGCACCUUGGCUACAGCUUCAGAUUUAACAAAGGUGCAAUAUGGUGGUGACAGUCUUCUCAUCUUACUCUCAGAAACAAAGCAAAUGACCUAAUGUUUGCUGUAUUAACCGUUGCUCUUCUGCAUGCACUUUUAUUUCCACCCAUUGUACGUUCAUGUGCACCAAAUAGUUUUACAAAUGUAUCAUAAUGAAGAAACUUUCAUCAUUGACAAGGAAUGUAAAAUUGCACUACUUUAGUUGAUACUGUCAUGCCUCUAAUUUCUUAAUGCAAGGCAGUGAUUUCAUUAGAGAUUUGAAGGAAUAUCCAAAGGAUUAAUAUAGCAGUAUGUAAAGUCUUAAAUUUCUAAGAGAAAAAUGUUGGUGGUUAGUUCUGUAAGUAGGACUGGGAGCGCUAGCAGCUGAUGUGAAUGAAGUCACACAGGAAGACACAUUGGCUGUUUGAAAUGGUGGAUGCUGCUUUACAAAGAUGCAUCGCUCGCAUCGUCAGCGGAAGCUGGGUUCCAGUCGUAUUUGCUUCCUUCAGCCAACAACGAUCAAGGGGCUGGCUACCGUGAACAAGUCGGCGUUCUUGAAUGAAGCGGCUCUGACCGGUGGCCAGGCUUUCGGUAAUGCGCUGCAUGAAGGAUUCUGACGUCCCGUUCCUAUGGAAUUUUAGUGUCCGUUUGUCCCCGCAAAAGUGUCCAUUAGGUAGCAUGUGUCUCGUCACCGUGAUCAUGUCCUGAACCUUAACACGACUUUGUAAUCUGUAGCACACAGGACAUGUUUGUUCUACAUAAGAUACUGCUUUUCUUUUUGUACACCUCAUGAAAAGAAGAAAAAUAAACAGUUUUAACAUGUGCAGCAAUAAGAUUUUAAAUUAAAAAAAAAAAAUCUACUGUAAAAUACUAGUAUAUUCACAUUAUUGACAUGAGUGUAAUCUGCUGUAUUUAUUAGAUUAUUAAACAAAGUCUAGAUCAA